AUGAAGAAAAGAAGGGAAAAAGAGAGGCUUCUUUCGACUUCUUCUACAGCUGAGGUCUGCUAUGAUGAUCUGACUUUGUGUCAGAGGUCUUCUGGUUCACAGCAGGCACUUAAUAAUGAUGGAAACAGUUUGGUCGAUAGAAUCAGUGAUUUACCGGAUGAGUUAUUGCAACACAUUCUUUGUUUUCUCCCAACAAAACUCUCUUUCACUACAACAGUUCUUUCGAAACGGUGGAGCAAACUAUGUUGUUCACUACCUGUUCUUUGCUUUGAAGAUGAAACCACCAAAGAUUAUGACGCCUUCCUUCGCUUCUGUCGCAUUGUUGAUACUAUCCUGCUCUCUCCUCGUGCAACAAAUCAACCCCUCAAAAUGUUUCGCCUCAAGUGUCGUUUUAAAGACCACAAUCAAAAGGGUCCAUUUAAUGUGACAGAAUGGCUAGAAGCCUCAAAACAGCGUAGUAUUGAGGAAGUUCAUCUCACUCUAUAUUACCACACCUUGAAGCCGAGUAUUUUCAUCUUCCAAACCCUUGUUGUUCUCAAACUUGAAAGGUUAAAUGUUGGAGCGGACACUUCUUGUGUUGAUCUUCCAUCACUAAAAACCCUAACUUUGGAAUAUGUUUAUUUUGAAAAUUGGAAUGAUUAUAUAAAUUUUCUCUAUGCUUGUCCUAUCCUAGAAGAUUUGCAUGCUCAGUAUAUCAAUACAUUUAGUUACAACGUACCAGAAGAAGGGUUUAAAUCCUUGGCCUUGCCUAAAUUGGUUAGAGCCAGUAUUAGUGAAGUGGAUGCUCAGUUUAAUGUGGAUGGAGACCAGCUCGUCCAGGAAAUGCAAAUGCCCAAUUUCUGUUCAUGA